AUGAGCUCCUCCCUCGAGGCCAAGAUCGUUGUCCUCGGUGCUCAAGGCGUCGGCAAAACCUCCCUCGUCCAGCGCUACGUCAAGAACGCCUUCAACGAAUCGACAACAACAUCCACCGUCGGCGCCUCCUUCGUCACAAAGCGCGUGCUGGAUAGCACAUCAGACACGCUCGUCCGGCUCCAAAUCUGGGACACAGCAGGGCAGGAGCGCUUCCGCAGCAUCUCGCGACUGUACUACCGCGGCGCAAAUGCCUGCCUCCUCUGCUACGACAUCACCGAUGAGCACAGCUUCCAGGAAAUGACGGGGUGGUUGCUCGAGCUGAAGAAGAACCUCGGCGAGGGCGACCAGAUCGUUAUCCAUGUUGUUGGGACCAAGUCGGAUAUUGUUGCUGUGGACCCCGCGCGCCGCCGCGUGCCCUUUGAAAGGACGAUUGCGUAUGUCGCUGAGCAGCUGUAUCCGUCGCGGGCGUCGACGCCGCCGCCGACGGCCGGGUUCGGGGCUGGACCUGCGCCUGUACCUGGGCAGUAUGCGUCGUCGGCGUCGGUGACGACUAUCCACGGGAUGGGCAUGGGCCUGGGCAUGGGCCUGGACAGCAAGCGGAGCAGCGGAUUCUGGGGCCAGGAUAUUGGGUGGGAUUGCUGCCACGAGAUCAGUGCCAAGGACGGUGAGGGCGUAGAAGAGGUGUUUCGGGUGAUAGCGCGGAAGCUCGUGGAGCAGCGGAACAAGCGCGAGGCCGAAAUUGCGGCGCUGUCGCCGGGCGCGUCCUCGUCCGUCGAUGGGGUUCUGGGUUCUGCUUCUUCUGCGGGGCUGGGAGGGAUUGAGGCCGGUGGGAGCUUUCGACUGGGGAUGAACGAUAAGAGGCGGAGUUGGUUGAUGUUUCCGCCGAGUAGUGUUGGGGAUGAUGGGGAUGAGGUUCCGCCAUCUGUGAAGAAGAGGGGGAGGUGUUGCUGA